AUGAAUGACCACGAAAGAGAUGAAGAACAUAAUAUAUCACUUGAAAUAAACAAUGCCUCAACAAUGAAUAAAGAUUUCACUUCAGAUAUUACCAAUCACAUGGAACUACCAAGGAAAAAAAAAUCUAGAUUACAAGAGUUAUCAUCCACUGUGCAACAAUUACAAAAAUUAAAUGAGACUAUAAAUACUGAAUCAAAACCAAAUGAAUAUGAAAUUUUUGGGAAACAUGUUGCUUCUCAAUUGGAGAAAUUAUCAACUGAAAAUGCAAUAAUUGGUCAAGAAAAAAUUCAAAGUAUAUUAACUCAAUUAAGGCUAAAUUAA